UAUUGAGCAGUUUAACGAAGUGCAAGCCAAGCUUUUCAAUGAUUGCGUCUUUUCUGACGCUUCAUUGGUCGUCUCGGCGCCAACAGGAAGUGGGAAGACUACGAUUUUCCUGCUUGCCAUCAUGCAGGAACUUAUCAAGGUGAACUGGCCAGAAACAGAAAAAGAAAUCCGAUUGAUUUACGUUGCCCCAACACGAGCCCUGUGUUCGGAAAUUUUCGAGAAGUGGGAGGAAAAGUUCUCUCAGCUGGCCAUGAGAUGCUGUGAAGUGACUGGGGAGACAAGUGUGACGGAUUUGGCGGAACUGGAAAAGUAUCAUAUAAUUCUGACCACACCGGAGAAAUGGGACUCAUUGACGCGUCGCUGGCGCGAAAAUAUCAAUUUCCUCAUGUCCGUGAGACUCGUGAUGAUUGACGAGAUCCACCUUCUCAAUGAGGCACGUCGUGGUGCUGCACUUGAGGCAACAAUUAGCCGUAUCAAAAUUGGCGCCCUCAAGAGUGGCCACACCGUGCGGCUCAUUGGCAUUUCGGCAACAUUAGCAAAUGUGCAAGAUGUUGCAAAGUGGUUUGGUGAGGCAAACACGAAAGCUUAUACAAUAUCUAUCAAUUCACACGGUAGUGGUGUGGUUGAGAGGAUAGUGACGAUUGCACUGGGUGAAGAGGAGUCUUUUUUCAAAGUGGAUGCUAUUAUGAAUUGGCGAUUACCUGGGAUAUUGGAGAAAUAUUGGGAUGGGAAGCCAACAAUUGUGUUCUGUGGUACGAGAAUGUGUGCUGAGAAUACUGUCAAGUAUUUGAUGAAGAAUUUCGAUGUGGGAUUGAGGGCGGAUCAGGAAAAACUCCUGGAGAGUGUUACAAAUGAAAUUUUCAAUAGGGAUUUGAGGGAAUGUGUGAGGAUGGGGAUUGGUUUUCAUCAUGGGGGCCUGACAAUUGGAGAUCGUCUAAUUGUUGAACACAUGUAUAGAACGGGGAAUCUGCCUGUUCUUGUGUGUACACAAACUCUAGCCAUGGGAGUGAAUUUUCCAGCACAUUUGGUCAUUGUGAAGGCACCAAGUCCAAUCUCAGCCACUGAAAUGCUUCAGAUGACCGGACGAGCUGGUCGUGUUGGUCUCACGAGUGAUUGUGGUGUUGCUGUAAUUCUUACAAGGACAUGUCAUGCUGUGAUGUAUCAGAAUUUGCGUGGUAAAAUUUCACCCAUUGAAUCGACUCUGCAGGACAAUUUGGAGAAUUACAUGAAUAGCGAAGUAUUUGCGGGAAAUGUCUUUGACGAUGCCACAGCACUAAAAUGGAUAAAAUCGUCAUUUUUCUACGUGCGUCUGCUGAAAAAUCCCACUCACUACGGAUAUCACGAAGACACCGUUGAGAAUCAAUUAACAGAUGUCUGCAAGAGAACAAUUGAGAGUCUCAAAAAUCGGGGACUCAUUGAGGAAAAGAUUCAGGAUAAAACCACCUUCACUUCCACUAUUUAUGGUUCUCUGGUGGCUCGGUAUUUUCUGGAUCUGGACACACUGAAGUGUUUUCAGGAGGAGAUAACUGGCGGAGAAAAAUUAAUGCAACUCUUCAACAUUGUAUGCAAAUGCUCAGAAUUUCAGCAGUUUACGCUACGUGUUAGUGACAAGAAGAUCUUAAAUGAAUGGAAUACAUCUCACGAUAGCGCUGAUGAUGAUGAAUGUCCCACUGGACAGAGUAAACUGACACUUCGUUUUCCAAUCUCAGGGAAAAUUAAUUCAAUUCCAGCGAAAGUCUCGUGUAUCCUUCAGGCAAUGCUGGGCAAUUUAAAUGUGAGUGACACUCAUUUCCGUGAUGAAGCUGAUAAGAUGAUUAGUUUGGCCAGUCAUCUGACAAAGUGCUUACUGGAAGUUCUAAAAAUCUUUCAUGGGGAAAAGUAUUCAGCCGUACUGAACACUUUAAUCCUCUUGAAAUGCUUCACAGCGGAAUUGUGGGAGGAUUCCCCAUUUAUUUGUCGUCAAUUGUUAGAUAUUGACGAAAACACAGCUCAAUUGCUGGCAGAUAAUGGAUUUUGCACAUUUGAGGCACUACAUAAGACAAAUUUUGGAGCUAUUGAUCAAAUCCUUCCUGGAUGUCCAGAUAUAGCUAGAAAAAUCAUGGAGAAUGUUUCUAAAAUUCCUCAAUACUCAUUGAAAUUCUGCUGGAUCAAUAGCAGAACACUUUCCGUGAAAGUUUGCCAAAACAAUGAAUAUUGCGAGAAUGAGGCAAUAGCAGCUGCAUUGGUUGUUGGUGAUACAAAAAGCAAUUCUUUGUUAUUCUUCAGUGAGAAUGUAUUCGAAAACGGAAAUAACAUCGAGGUUACUGUUGAUAUCGAUAUCCAAUUCAGCAGCAUUCAUAUCCAUUUGAUUCAUCUCUCACUUGUUGGCGUUGAUGUACAUUUGGUUUUGGAUCAAAGAGAAAGGUAUACAAUGAAUAAUGCCAAGAUGCAGAAUAUGACCGCGCUUCUCGCAAUUCCUGCAGAAGUUCAGGAGAUUGACCUUGAACCUACGUGUUCGAAGAAGCCAAGAUUAGAUAGUGAUUGGAAGAACGAGGUUCAAGUGAUGGAAUUGUACGAAAAGUCCCUGAAGAGGGAAGAAAUUGAGAAUACAGGGGAGCCUUUUGAUCUGGGCAUUGAUUAUUUCUUCAGACAAUUGGAGUCCAAUACGAUGCAAAAGGCAGUAAAUAGGAAUACAGAUUUUUUUGCAAGUUCUGCGGAUUCUGCACCAAUGAUAAAGGGUAAAGUCAGUAAAGAUUGCAAAAUAGUCUUCGAGCAGGAAAUGACACGGAUACUUAAAAAGCAAUAUCAUAUGAAUUCUCGGAAUCUACAGAGUGAUUUUCGCAGGGGAAUUGAGGAUAUACUAACAGAAAAUGAUACAAAAUUCUGAUUCAAUGAAAAAUUGUAUUAAUUUCCCUUUAAAAUGAAUUAAUGAUGUCUUUAGUAAUAAAAUGUGCUAUGGCAUACGACUUUCCCAUUGGGAAAUUUAUCCA